AUGCCUUUCAACACAGCUUUGACGCGAAAGCUGGGGAUUCGGGUCCCCGUCGUCCAGGGUGGCAUGCAAUGGGUGGGAUACGCCGAGCUGGCCUCGGCCGUCAGUAAUGCCGGUGGACUGGGACUGCUCACAGCCCUCACCCAACCGACCCCCGAAGACCUCCGCAAAGAAAUCCGGAGAUGUCGCACCAUGACCAAAUACCCCUUCGGAGUGAACCUGACCCUCCUGCCCGCCCUGGUCCCACCUGACUACGCCGCCUACGCCCAGGUGAUCAUCGACGAGGGCAUCAAGAUCGUCGAGACAGCCGGAAACAACCCAGGCCCCGUGAUCACACAGCUGAAGAAGGCCGGGAUUAUUAUUUUGCACAAGUGCACGACGAUCCGUCAUGCCAAGUCUGCCGUUAAGCUGGGCGUCGACUUCCUCUCCAUCGAUGGCUUCGAGUGUGCUGGUCAUGUCGGUGAGCACGAUAUCACCAACUUCAUCCUGCUGAGCCGCGCCCGUCAGGAGCUUGGUGUGCCGUUCAUUGCCUCUGGUGGAUUCGCGGAUGGACAAGGUCUCGCUGCGGCCCUGGCGCUUGGCGCCGAGGGUAUCAACAUGGGUACUCGGUUCAUGAGCACAGUUGAGGCUCCCAUCCACCACAACAUCAAAGAGACUAUCGUCAAGGCCCAGGAGACGGAUACAGCUUUGGUGCUGCGCCGCUGGAAGAACACUACCCGCUUGUUUGGCAACAAGGUCACUCAAGAUGCUCUGAAGGUUGAGAGGGAGAGCAAGACUGGCGAGUUCAGCGAGAUUGGUCCUUAUGUUAGCGGCCAGCGGGGUCGUCAGGUCUUCAUCAACGGCGAUCCUGAUUUCGGCGUGUGGACUGCUGGACAAGUCAUUGGAUUGAUUCAUGAUAUUCCAACCUGUGCUGAUUUGCUCUCUCGUAUUGAGAAGGAGGCUGUGGAGGCCAUGGGUCGCACCAAGUCUCUUUACACCGAUGCCCCUGCCAGCAAGCUUUAA